AUGAAAGAACAAGAUGGGAAAAUUGCAUACUGCAAAGUGAGAACGAAGGAAGAAAUCGAGGCGGACAGAAAAGAAAGAAUUGAGAACGGCGAAGAGCCGCGAAACUACGAUGACGUUGGGCUAGAAGUCUGGGCGACAAGAGACCCCGACAUAGUAGAUGCCGCCUUCCGAGACAGUCUGGCAAAAGUUCGCGCGAUCGAAGCUGCAGAGAAAACUGCAUCCGAAAAAGCCAAGCGAGACGGGAUGGAGAAAGCCGAAGAGCUCGAGGACUGA